AAGAUCGUUUUAUCUACCACACUGGGUCUAGCCUUGGGGAAACUGCUUGGACCUUGUGAAAGGGAAAUGAUACUGCCGUGAGAGAAAUACCAAACACUAAAACUAAACCCAAGUCUAUGCUCCGUAUUUAGAAAAAAUCUCAGCUGUCAAAAAUAGUCUCCAGAUCUGCAGAAAGUUCCCAAAAAUCUGUCAGGAUAAAUGAUAAUUACAUGAUUUGGCCCAUGAAUGAGCUCGCCAUUAAUGCUGGCAGUACCAGAAAAUGUCCAGUCACAAAUCGAACUGAUGCAUUGGCGACUUCGAAAUGCUAAAAAGAGAUUUAAAAAAAAGGAUCAGUCAUAGUAAUACUGCUACAUAUUAAAUAUUUGAACAUCGUUUAAACAUCAAUUCCUAGAAAAAAAAAAUGGAUGUACUCAAAUAUGAAUAAAGAAUAUUGGUAUUUUUAUAGCAAUGUAUUCAGAGUCAGUUUGUUACUACGGAAUCACAUGUGAUGUCAUCAAUUUGACAUUCCACACACGAGCCUGGGCUGGGCAACGGAAACAACAAGAAAUGGAGCUGGGGAGAUGAACACCUGUGUAACAACCAAAGAAUUUCAAUAGUUAAAGAAAUGAGUCAAACAUCUCUGAAACAGAAAAAGAAGAAUGAGUCUGGAACGAAAUACUCAAGAGAAAGUCUAGAAUCAGAGAAAAGACGGGAGUCUGACAAAUCAGGAGCUCGUGUGAGAACUCAGAUGAGGCAUGCAGUCAUUCCGAAUCACUGGCUGAGAUGUUGCCCCAUGCGUUGUCACCUGGCGUGUAGACACUGCCUUAGGGCACCUGAGGGAACAGUCCUUCCUGGCCCCUGCCGCACAAUACGUAUUUAUAUUCACAUGUGCCUGUUGUGGGAACAGGGCCAGCAGAUCACCAUGAUCAGGGGAUCACAAGAAUUAUCAUUGCCGAAGACAGAUUCUCGAGGGUACCUCGUGCGAAACCAGUGGUCGGGAACUUCACGAAGCCCAUCCGUCAGAGCCCCAUCCGUAGAGGAGCCCAGAAGCAAGAGUGCCAGUCUUAAGGUAGAGAUCCCCACAAGCUCCACAAGCUCCCAGGUGUCAUCCACCUCCCAGAGCCAGCAGGAGUCCACGCAGGAGCUGUCCCUACAGGCCUCCCCACCCACGCCACCCGUGGCUCACACGCCCCCAGUGUUUCUAGACCCUCCGAGCCCUCCCACAACCCCCGAUUCCCAGUCUCAGACUCAGUCUCAGCCUCAGUCCCAGUUCCAGUCCAGGCGGAGCACCAAGAUGCAGGAGAGUCACGAAGCCUGGACGCACGGCGUUGUGCGGGAUUUCCGGGACACGCGGGACUCCAGGGACUCCCGGGACCUGCGGGAAUUCCGGGACAUGCGCGAUGCCCGGGACAUGCAGCAGCGGGAAUAUCCUCGCACGCCCCCCAGUGAAUGGAAGUCCUAUGGCCAGCGCAGGACCACCUACUCCUCCCAGCCGGACCGUGACUUCGCGCCCGACCUAUCCCGGCAGCGGGAGGAAGACAACGACGACGAGGAAGCCUACUGGUCCUCCGUGAAGACACUGUAUGAGAAGACUCCGGGCUGCUCGCGCCCCCGGCCGCCGAAACCCAAGCAUGCCAUCACCAUCGCUGUGUCAUCCCAGGCUCUCUUCAACAUGAUGGACGGCAAGAAAAUCUAUGAGGAAGAGGGCCUGGAAAAGUACAUGGAGUAUCAGGUCACCAACGAGAACGUCAUCCUGACCCCUGGGCCCGCGUUCCGCUUCAUCAAGGCCCUGCAGCAUGUCAAUACAAGACUGCACGACCUGUAUCCGGAUGAACAGGACUUAUUUGAUAUUGUACUGAUGACUAAUAACCAUGCCCAAGUGGGAGUGCGGCUUAUAAACAGCGUCAAUCACUACGGCUUACUAAUUGACCGCUUCUGUCUGACUGGUGGGAAAAGCCCCGUUGGCUAUUUGAAGUCCUAUCUUACCAACUUGUAUCUUUCCUCUGAUGCUGAAAAAGUACAGGAGGCAAUAAAAGAAGGGAUCGCCGCUGCAACAAUGUUUGAUGGAGCCAAAGACAUCUCUUACUGUGAAACACAGCUCCGCGUGGCUUUCGAUGGGGACUCCGUCCUCUUCUGUGAGGAGUCCGAACACAUUACCAAGGACCGAGGGCUGGACAAAUACUUUCAACACGACCCAGUAUUUGACAAUAAGUCUCUGGCUCAGGGUUCCUUGAAAAGCUUUCUGGAAGAUUUAGGCAGACUGCAAAAGAAGUUCUAUGCCAAAGACCAACGGUUAUGUUGCCCUAUCAGGACCUACCUGGUCACGGCCAGGAGUGCAGCCAGCUCAGGUGCUCGAGUGCUGAAAACCCUUCGCCGGUGGGGUCUAGAGAUAGAUGAAGCCCUUUUCCUUGCUGGAGCCCCCAAAAAUCCUAUCUUGGUGAAAAUACGGCCCCAUAUCUUCUUUGAUGACCACAUGUUCCACAUAGAAGGGGCACAGAAAUUUGGCACCAUCACAUCUCAUGUACCGUAUGGCAUUAAUCAGAAAUUGAACAACUAGAGAUGGGGUGGAGCAAUAAAGCAGUGA